AUGGGUAUGAGGGCUUCAUUUAAGAAGAUGAAUCUAUUGGCCGCCAAUAAGAAGGUCAUCAAGAGAAGGUCUCCUACUCCCAAGAAGGUUCGGAGCAUAGUUGAGAUGGUUAGUUCAAGUACAAAAUUCGAGGUAUCAAAGUUUGGUGGUAUAGGGAAUUUUGAGUUAUGGCGGUCUAGGGUAAAGAAUUUGUUGGCAUAUCAGGACAUUCUGAAAACCUUGAGGGCGGUAAAGCCAGCUAAUCUGGAAGAGGCUGAUUGGAAGGAGUUGAAAAAGCAGGAAACUAUGAACGUGGUUCAAGCUGAUGACUCUUAUUAUAGUGAAGGUGAUGUUCUGCAACUUCCUGCUUACAUGGCACUAUUUGAGCAGGCUAAAGGUGAAGGUUCUAGGAGGGAGUAUGGGUGUGUUGAUGAAAACUCCACAGCUAUGAGGAGAGCUCGAGAACUUCAAGCAAAUCUUUCACCUCAAUUUCCUAGUGUAGUAGUCAAGUUCUUGCUCCAUUCUCAUACUACUAGAGGUCUGCCAAAAGAUUUCUGCACUUCUCAUCUUCCAAACCAUGAUACUGCCAUUAUCUUGGUGGAUGAAAAUGGAAGAGAAACAGAGAGCAAGUACCUUAUUGAGAAGCAUGGCCUGAGUGGUGGAUGGAGAGGAUUUCCCCUCCAACACAACUUGGUUCCCGGGGAUGUUGUAGUUUUUCAGCUAAUCCAACCUCUCAAGCUUAAGCUGUACGUUGUUCGGAUAAAUGACUCGGCAAAUAUUGCUGGUGCUAUCAGCCUUCUGGAUUUAAGUCAUUAUGCACAGCCAAUUGCAACUGAGGGUUUACUGCUGGAAGGUUAUGAUGUUGAGGAAAAUGUGCUGAGAAUUGAAGAUGCUGCAGAUCAGUUAACCAGAAUACAGCAUGAAAGUGACAAUCUGGAGAGAGAAGUCUCUACAUCAGACAACUUAUUAUCUGGCAGUGAUAGAGAUAACAACCCCCUGCAGCCUAUGAAUGUGGUUGAGUUUUCACAAGUGAAAAACUUUGAGGAUUUCAACGUUGUUGUUAACAACCUAAACAUAGAUUCUGAGAUCUCCGAAGACACUAGGCUCAAGUACUACGAGCUGUGCCGCAGUCGAAACGCGUAUCUUCAUGAGCUUGAAGAGCCUGGGUUGAACUACACGCUAAUCGCCGGGGCAAUAACAGAAACUGUGAAAAUCGCCGAUGGCAUCAAAGCAGCCACGCUCGCAACGGGCCGUGAUGUUUUGGAAGUAUGGGACAGAACUCUGAUUGGGGUGGGGCAUUUCAGCAUGGAAGUGGGGUUCUUGCGCGGCAGGAUAAACGAGCUGAUUAGGCUGUGUGAGGGGGCGGAAAUUGUUGCCGGAAAGGAGAAAGAAAAAGCCAUAGCUGAAGCGAAGAUGAAAGAUCUCCUGUACAAGGUGUCCAAGGUGAGUGGUGUGAUUAAAAUUUUGGAAGAGGAGAUCCAGGCACACAGCGGCGGGGAGAGGGUAGAGGAGGUUUUCAAGAAUGUUGCGAGUGCUGAUUGGUGA